CCGAAAACGCGGCCGAGCCCGGAGCCCGGAGCCGGAGCCAGAGCCUGGACCAGAACUUGGCCGCCGCCUGCACCGCCACCGCCCGCCGUCCGCCUCCCUUUCCCGGCGCUGCCGCCGCCUCGGCCACCACCUCCGCCAGCUUGGCCGCCAGUGGUCCGCGGACUUUGGGUGUCCUGGUUGAAGGUCGGUCCGGACGUCGGACCCAGCUCGGUUCUCGGACUGUCCGGGAGGCAGCGGACGCCGCCGCUGCCGCCGCCGCCUCCUUGUCGCCUCAGCCUGGCGUUUUGUUCCGAGAGACCGGAGAGGCGAGCAGAGCUGACAGUGAUUUUGACAGUGAUUUAAACCCGCUUUUGUUGUUGUUGGUUUUUCGUUAUUUGGUUUUGUGUGUUGUGCGUGUGUGUGGCGGUUUUUUUCCCCGUGGUUGCAUUUUAUUUUUUAUUGUUGUGCUCUUUUUUCCUUUUUUUUUUUUUUUUUUUUGUCCCUUGAACGUUUUUUGUUUUUUGUUUUUUGUUUUUUUUUGGUCGGGUCUUCCGAAUAUGUUUUAUGACGGUUGAUUUUACACCAGGAGGUUUGUCUCCGAGGAAGACCUAGGGAACUGGAUAUCUAGCGAGAACUUCCUACGGAUUCCCCGGCGCCUCGGGAAAAUGGGAGCUGCUGCAAAGUUGGCGUUUGCAGUCUUUCUUAUCUCUUGUUCUUCAGGUGCUAUACUUGGUAGAUCCGAAACUCAGGAGUGUCUUUUCUUUAAUGCUAAUUGGGAAAAAGACAAAAGCAAUCAGACUGGUGUUGAACCCUGUUACGGUGACAAAGAUAAACGGCGACAUUGUUUUGCUACCUGGAAGAAUAUUUCUGGUUCCAUUGAAAUAGUGAAACAAGGUUGCUGGUUAGAUGAUAUCAACUGCUAUGACAGGACUGAUUGUGUAGAAAAAAAAGACAGCCCUGAAGUAUAUUUUUGUUGCUGUGAGGGCAAUAUGUGUAAUGAAAAAUUUUUUUAUUUCCCUGAGAUGGAAGUCACACAGCCCACUUCAAAUCCAGUUACACCUAAGCCACCCUAUUAUAACAUCCUACUUUAUUCCUUGGUGCCACUUAUGUUAAUUGCGGGGAUUGUCAUUUGUGCAUUUUGGGUGUACAGGCAUCACAAGAUGGCCUACCCUCCUGUACUUGUUCCAACUCAAGACCCAGGACCACCUCCACCUUCUCCAUUACUAGGUUUGAAGCCCCUGCAGUUAUUAGAAGUUAAAGCAAGGGGACGAUUUGGUUGUGUCUGGAAAGCCCAAUUACUCAAUGAAUAUGUGGCUGUCAAAAUAUUUCCAAUACAGGACAAACAGUCAUGGCAAAAUGAAUAUGAAGUCUAUAGUUUGCCUGGAAUGAAGCACGAGAACAUAUUACAGUUCAUUGGUGCAGAAAAACGAGGCACCAGUGUUGAUGUGGAUCUUUGGCUGAUAACAGCAUUUCAUGAAAAGGGUUCUCUGUCAGACUUUCUUAAGGCUAAUGUGGUCUCUUGGAACGAACUGUGUCAUAUUGCAGAAACCAUGGCUAGAGGACUGGCGUAUUUACAUGAGGAUAUACCUGGCCUGAAAGAUGGGCACAAACCUGCCAUAUCUCACAGGGACAUCAAAAGUAAAAAUGUACUAUUGAAAAACAAUCUGACAGCUUGUAUUGCUGACUUUGGGUUGGCGUUAAAAUUUGAGGCGGGCAAGUCUGCAGGUGAUACUCAUGGACAGGUUGGUACCCGGAGGUAUAUGGCUCCAGAGGUAUUAGAGGGUGCUAUAAACUUCCAAAGAGAUGCAUUUUUGAGGAUAGAUAUGUACGCCAUGGGAUUAGUCCUGUGGGAACUGGCUUCUCGCUGUACUGCUGCAGAUGGACCUGUAGAUGAGUACAUGUUGCCAUUUGAGGAAGAAAUUGGCCAGCAUCCAUCUCUUGAAGACAUGCAGGAAGUUGUUGUGCAUAAAAAAAAGAGGCCCGUUUUAAGAGAUUAUUGGCAGAAACAUGCUGGAAUGGCAAUGCUCUGUGAAACGAUAGAAGAAUGUUGGGAUCACGAUGCAGAAGCCAGAUUAUCAGCUGGAUGUGUAGGUGAAAGAAUUACCCAGAUGCAAAGACUAACAAAUAUUAUUACCACAGAGGACAUUGUAACAGUGGUCACAAUGGUGACAAAUGUUGACUUUCCUCCCAAAGAAUCUAGUCUAUGAUGGUUGCACCAUCUGUACACACUAAGAAAUGGGACUCUGAACUGGAGCUGCUAAGCUCAUGAAACUGCUUACAGUUUGUUUUCUGUGUGAAAUGAGUAGCAUGUCUCCUGGAAAUGUCAGAAGACCUUUGUUGAAAACGUGGCUCCUGGAGACUUACUGCGUUGCCUACAGCACAGAUGUGAAGGACAUGGGACUAAGAGAAAAGUUGCAAACUCUAUAAAGAAACUUUUGAAAAAGUAUAUGCGAAGAAUGUGGCCCUCUCCAAUCAAGGACCUUUUGGACCUGGCUAAUGGAGUGUUUGAAAACGGACAUCAGAUUUCUUAAUGUCUGUCAGAAGACACUAAUUCCUUAAAUGAACUACUGCUAUUUUUUUUUUAAAUCAAAAACUUUUCAUUUCAGAUUUUAAAAAAAGGGUAACUUGUUUUUAUUGCAUUUGCUGUUGUUGUUUCUCUAAAUGACUAUUGUAAUGCCAAUAUGACACAGCUUGUGAAUGUUCAGUGUGCUGCUGUUCUGUGUACAUAGACAACGUCAUCAAAGUGGGGUACAGUAAAGAGGCUUCCAAGCAUUACUUUAACCUCCCUCAACAAGGUAUACCUCAGUUCCACGGUUGCUAAAUUAUAAAAUUGAAAACACUAACAGAAAUUGAAUAAUAAAUUGAUCGAUGUUUUAUAAGAAAUUCACUGUGUUAUUUAAAGAAAAAAGGUAAGCUAUGCUUAGUGCCAAUAGUAAGUGGCCAUUCGUAAAGCAGUGUUUUAGUUUAUCUUGUGCUGGCUUGUAAUUUUGAAAAAAAAAGUGCUGUUUUUUGAAAUGAAAAGAUGGUAUCAUUUCCCCCUUCUUCCUAUGUUUUAAAGCUCCAUAUUAUAUCUAGUUCCCAAAAUAUUGCAUACUUACCUAAGUAUUUUUUUUUAGGUGUGCUGUGUUUGGGGAAUAUUUGAAAACUGAAAGCAUGAUUUAAAUUUUUUUAAGUGAGCUGUGACACUGGAAAGCUCUUCAUUUUAUCUUUGAAAAUAGAUUUUUUUCUAUUUAUAUAUGUAAAAUUGUAGUGUAUUUCUUUCACUUAACUGUGUGGGACAUUCUUUAUCACUGAUUUAGGAUCACCUCAGGAAGUGUCAUGACCCAGAGUUCCUCACUCUCUGCUUGGAGACUUUUAACUUUCACUAUACUUAUGCUCGGUGCCAUCUUGUCAGAGUAAUAUUUGAUGUCUGUGAUAUAUAAAGAAUUAUCCUAGGAUAGAGAUAGUAAACUUUUAAGCACAGAUUUCAGAUGUUACUGCUUUAAAACAAAUCAGGGAUAACAAGUCAAACUCACAACUUAAAAUAUGCAAUGGCAUUUAGAGGUAACCAAUGUUGAUGUAGGUAACAUAGCCUAGCUUCCUCCCCUAAAUUUCUCUCACAACUCUGAUAGUAAUUUAGGAUAGUUCAUGCCUUAUCCUUGCUAAGAAAAUUGAAUUGAUGGUAGGAAGGUGCCAAAGUGUUUUUCAAAACAAUAUUACAUUACAAUUACAAUUGGAUUCUUCUUCCACUUAAUAUAGGCUAGGGUAAAACAUUAACUUUCAGAUUCUUGAAUUUCCAGAUUCCUAACCAACAAACAGCCAGUAUUAUGCUAUGUACUUCUGUCAGGUCAUUUUAAAAUGCAUACGUUAACUUUAUCAGGAGCUCACUGUGAGCGUGUUCUUGAACUACACAGUACACCACACUUUACAUGGAAUACACACCUCAUCUCUGGGAAUAAUCAAUUAUGUUAUUUAUAAAACAUAGGUCAACAGGCUCUAAGCAGGGUGCAGGGGUGGAGGGAAGAAGAGGAAUAGCAUUCUUGUCUGUGUGCCACACACCAUAAGAAUGGUUUGUGGUCUUGGUCACAUACGUACCCAAGGUCUCAUUGUAUUCCUAGUAAUUCCCAUUUCAAUGCUGAGUUCACCUCUUUAUUUCAAAAAAUACUUGGCAUCUCAACUUCUUGAUUUGGUUUUGCUUCUGUUUUGAAACUAAUCAAGAAGGGAAAAUAUUGAGAAUGUGUAUACAAGAAAAAUCUGAAGAUGAAUCUACCUGUUGUAAACAUUAAACUGCCUAAAAGUUACAAAAAAGUCAGAAUGAAAAUAAACAGGGAUAUGAUGAUAAAUGUUUGGCUUACAUGAGCACUAGAGAUAAAUUUUAUGAAACCAGUUAUUUACAAAUAAAAUGCUUUCUCUUCAAGUUAGGAAAAACUCUUCUAGAAAUGCUGGGUAUUGUACUUAACUGUAACCAAUUUUAAAACUUGUAUCCUUUUUAAAACCAUAUUAAUAGAAAAACUUUUUAUAAGCAGUAAAGUAAGAAUGUUCCAGUGACUACCUGUCCUUAUACUUAGUCUUGUUAACUCUUUUGCAGGGUAUUUAGUGUUUGGUUUACAGUCAAGUGCAGAGUGGGCAAGUUCAAAAGUUUGAGCUAAGGAUACUGGCAAAAAGAAAAGAUCAAACUUUGAGAAAAACGGUGAUUUGUUUUGGGGUAGACACCCCAAUAACUUUUUCCUCAUGUGUAUGGUGCUCCUCAUGAUUCAUCUUGUAUUUUGCCUUUCUGAUGCCCAUCAGAACUGCUGCUCUAACUUACACUCUUCACCUUGCCCAGAUCUCCUUGUAAGGAAUGUUUUAUGAUCAACUGCCAUAGGACUGAUGGAUUAACCAGUGUUUGGCUUUAUUCAAAGUCUAUGCCCUGCACAGCUCUUGUAUGUAUUUUAGAUAGAAAGUUUUUUAGCAUGUCAUGUGUGAUUCUCGUCUGAAUGUUUAUUACAGGUACCUUGUGAAUUCCAGAACAGAGACUGUGCCUCACAAUUAUUGGUCCCAUGAACUUGCACUAUCUUUCAUGGUGAUGCUUUGAAACUACAAUCAGGAAAAACAACACAAGAAACAAAAACCCGACACUUUUGAAUCUCUUCUGCCCCAUGUCCUCACCCCUAAGUAACAGCUGCAAGUAAAAUGCAGGUGGCAGAGAAUAAUCCCUGGCCAGAUGAUAGCUUAGUGGAAUAAACUGGUUACUUUUUUUUAAAAAAUGCUUCAUUGAAGGUAUUUUCCAGUUUUCUUUUUUACUUUUUUAAAAAAAAUUACUUUUAGAAACAUUUGGUAUGUGCAUAAAAUUAACAAUUUACUGGCAAAAUGAUAUAAGUAGCAUCUUGACUGAACAUCAUUUACCUCAGAUACUCAACCAGCAGUAAGUUUUUUACGCAGUCUCAACCCACAUCCUAUUGUUACCUCUCAAAGUUAUUGGUAAGCAAUUAUUUUAGCUUUACUCUGUAUUUCUUGUCAGUGUUUUGGGCACAGGUUGUUGUACUACUGUCAAAUCGUACUUGCUUUUUUUUUCUGCAAGUAUUUAACAGAAAGGUAAAAAAAAAAAAAAAAAUCCCCAUAAAACCACCUUGGAUAAGUGAUUGUUAAAUAUUGUAUAAAUUGUAUGCUAUCCCCAUUCCAUCCCCAAGUUAAAUAAAAAAAUGAAUAUGGUAU